UGGUACCGUGCGCGCCCCCGCUGGGAGGGGGUCAGAGCGCGCGUUGCCGCGAUCAAACGGAGGAUCCGGGAAGAUGGGGGAGAGAGCAGGAACUCGCGUAUUCAAGAAGUCGAGCCCCAACUGCAAGCUCACCGUGUACCUGGGAAAGCGAGACUUCGUGGAUCACCUGGAUCGAGUGGAGCCUGUGGAUGGAGUUGUGUUAGUAGACACCGACUAUCUUAAAGACCGCAAAGUGUACGUCACGUUGACCUGCGCUUUCCGAUAUGGCCGGGAGGAUCUUGACGUCCUGGGCCUCUCUUUCCGGAAAGAUCUCUUCAUCGCCACGUUCCAGGCGUUCCCUCCUCUCCCCGAGGAGAAGAAGCCCCUCACCCGCCUGCAGGAGCGUCUGAUCAAGAAGCUGGGGGAGCAAGCGCACCCGUUCAACUUCACAAUUCCGCAGAACUUGCCGUGUUCCGUGACGCUGCAGCCUGGCCCGGAGGACACUGGAAAAGCCUGCGGUGUCGAUUAUGAAAUCCGCGCCUUCUGUGCCAAGACCACGGAGGAAAAAAUGCACAAAAGGAACUCUGUCCGUCUGGUCAUCAGGAAAGUGCAGUUUGCCCCCGAGAAGGCGGGACCCCAGCCUGUCGCCGAGACCACCCGACACUUUCUGAUGUCCGACAGAUCCCUGCACUUAGAAGCUUCGUUAGAUAAGGAGCUAUAUUAUCACGGAGAAGCCAUCAACGUCAACGUGCACGUGACAAACAACUCGAGCAAGACCGUCAAGAGGGUGAAAGUAUCAGUCAGGCAAUACGCCGACAUCUGUCUGUUCAGCACCGCGCAGUACAAGUGUCCAGUCGCUCAGAUUGAACAGGACGAUCUCGUUGCCCCGAGCUCCACGUUCUGCAAAGUUUACACGCUGACCCCGAUGUUAUCGAAUAACCGGGAGAAGCGCGGCCUGGCCCUGGACGGGAAGCUGAAGCACGAGGACACCAAUCUGGCUUCGAGUACCAUUGUGAAGGAGGGCUCCAGUAAAGAGGUGCUGGGCAUACUGGUGUCGUACAGAGUCAAGGUGAAGCUCAUCGUGUCACGAGGAGGGGACGUGGCUGUGGAGCUGCCCUUUGUCCUGAUGCAUCCGAAGCCACCAGAGACCGUGUCCCGACCCGUGUCCGAAUUCCCUCAGUCAGAUGCUCCGGUCGACACAAACCUUAUUGAGUUCGAUACAAAUUUUGCUCAGGAUGAUGACAUUGUGUUUGAAGACUUUGCUCGCCUGCGACUCAAAGGGUUAAAGGACGACAAGGACGACGACGAGGCCUACUGCUAGCCUUCUCACCGGAGGCUCCACUCACUGCCACAGUUGGAAUCCCCCACCCUCUUCCGCAAGCAGCGCCCCCCCACACACCGAGACCCUCCGUACACACGAUGCGUGGCGGGCAGACACAGGGCAGUGUAUGUAUACAUAUCCCCAACCCG